UUUAGGUUAGAAACUAACCCCAUGGUCGUUCUAAUUGAUUUCCUCCAAUCUAAAGCAAUCCGAGGUAAAGUUGAAGUUGAAUGAGUAAAAAUGGUGGAUAAUGAUGAUUAUGUUCUUCCGAAUCGCAAUUCAAAUGAUUGUUCAAUGGUGGUUAUCCACGAUAAAAAAGACUAUUCUAUAUUCCCACCAAUCAACCACGAAAAUCUCCAAAUUCUCUCAAAUCAGUUCGUCCCACAAUCACCUCCUUCAUCUUCGUCUUCGUCUUCAUCUUCAUCUUCCGAAUGUUCGUGUUCGACGUUUGAUUCUGAUUUGAGGGGCCUCUCUUCUUCGUCGUCACCGUUCGAUUCACGUGUCCGCAAAGGCCGAGACUUUAUCGGGUUGAUGAGUGUCAGCCUCGAGAUCUUGGGUUCCAAGCUUUUUGCCAUGGUUUCCUCGUUCAGGAACCGCGCUUGUGCCGACAGAGGGGCAUUUUGGUCAAUUGGGGUGCCCGCUGCUGCCAUUGUAAUGUCGUGCUGGAUCAUCAUGUUGACGAGGAAGAAGAGGAGGAAUGAAACUCGUCUCAUCAACAUCAUCAAGGAGAAGGAUGGGAGAAUUGCCCAACUCUUGCACCAAAUUGCACAAAUGAAUGAAAUACUAAUAGCUCAUCACAAAUCUGUGGCUGCAAAAGUGGUGGAAUAAUUGGCUAAGGAUUGUGAAUAUGGUAGCUAUUGUGCUAGUUAGGUUGUAAAGUAACGAAAGAACUAAUUGUGAUUCUUAGCACAUUCUUGUUACAGCAGAGUGAUUGAACAUGUACUCAGAAGUGGCAUCUCAAACCUUAUAUGAAAGGAAAUGCUGACAAUGAAGUGUCAACUUUGGGGUUACAUCAUUAAUCUGGCAAGAUUAAUAGUCCUCAAUUCCUCAUGGUUCAUGAAUAACAGUUCAGCAGGGAACCACAAAAUUUACACUGGGAAGCUAGCAGAGAACUGUCUAAUUGUACUAAUGGUUAGUUAACUAGGUUCUUCGUGCUCAGAUAUUUAGCACACGUUGCAUUUGUUCAAGCCCUUGAUGUUAAUGACUCCGACAUGUGUGGUUUAGCUUUUGAAAAGUCUCAAACUACAGUUUUGUAGCUUUUGAAACCCCAAAACCAUGA